AGAACCACAACUCGACUCUCCGCAAGACAACCGUCCUCGACCAUCGCAGACGACUGCACGCCCACCCACACCGCAUUGACGCCUCUUGAACGAGGCCACCAGCUGACCCCUCCCACCGCCUGGGUUUCACGCCUCAACCCCAAACAUCCCCAUUCAUCAUACACGUCGGAUACACCGCCCAACCCGCCCGGGAUCGAGCCACCAUGGGCUGGUGGCCCUUCUCGUCAGACUCCCGUGGCGAUGCCAUCCGCUCCGGCGACGCUAUCCCCACGCGCGCUGAGCGCCUCCAGUGCUGGGCCUCGCGCGACGCCUACUUCGCCUGCCUCGACGCAAACUCCAUCCUCGACGCCACCAAGGACGCUUCGGCGGCCGCCCGUGCCUGCCCCCGUGAGUCGGCCGACUUCGAGCGCGACUGCGCCGCCGCCUGGGUCAAGUACUUCAAGCAGUGGCGCGUGGCCGACAUUCAAAAGAAGCGCCGGCUCGAGGAGCUACGACGGCAGGGCGCCCAGGAAAUGGAGGUCCAGACGAGCUUCGCGCCCGACGGCGGCGCUGCGGAGAAGGGCAGUGGCAAGGACGAUAUCCAGGGCCUACUCGACCGGAAGCGGAGAUGAAAGGAAUCGUUUGUAAGAUAGACUUCACGUCACGCGCCUGUAUUACCAUGUACCACAACGCACUCUCAUCUACCAUUGUCUAAGUUACCGACGUUCGCUCGUCCAAAUGAACAAGGAGACAUAUGAAAUAUAAAGAGCGCAGACACUGCAU